GGGGAUGGAAAGGCGAACUUCCAAGCAAUUCGAAGAAAAUUACAGCAUUGUGCAAGACGUUCACGAAGUUGAACAAAAAGCAAAGCCAAUUGUGUGUCAAGUACCCAGAUUUAAUGGAGCCAAUCAUUCGCGGUGCAAAGACCGGCGCAGAUGCGUGUGGACGACAGCUCAGCACCAACAGAUGGAAUUGCUCGAACGUUCCGGAACAUGGAACCUUAUUUGGCCCGGUUUUACCUGUUGGUAGGUUGAAUAUGAGAAAUUUUUAUGCUUAUUAAUGUCCCAUGCAAUUGAUGGUGGAGACCAUAUGUCUCAUGGUUAGAUAUGUAAUCAUGGUGUUAAUCAGAAGAUUGAAAAAUCCGGCAAUUUAGUGAAUUUGGGAAUUUCAGUUAGCCUGCGACACUCUGACCGGAGUUUAGGAGAGGUUUCCCAGCUCAAAUUUUGACUAAAUCCCAUUGUCCUAGAGCACAAAUCCCAUCAUCUCAGUGGCUGUCCAGCUCAAAUCUUAAUCCCAUUCCCAUUUCUUAUUGUUUUUUUGCUGAUGAAUGCCAGUCCCAGUGCAUGAAAUCCCAUUUUCCCACCCAAAAAUAAGCAAAUCCCAUUUCUUGCAAAGUUUUGAAGUUGAACAAUCUUUUAUAUAAUAUAUAUAAUAGUUGGCAGAUCUAAAUUGUGAAAUUGCUAGCUAAACGUAAUAUAUUAUGAAAUGUUUUAUCAAAUUUCGCGGACUUGAAAUCUAUAUAGUCCAGUCCAAUUGAAGGCUGUAGUUCAUGAUGAAAAUUAUCCAGUGGAAAUUUGUAUACAUUUGAAUAGACCUAUGUCUUUUAUACCAAAUGCAUGUGUCUUGUAUAUGUUUCAAAUGCUGGUUGCAGUCCACUCGUAUAUGCAAAGCAUUGAAUUUUUCUUCUGAAUUUUUUUACCAGGUUGUAAAGAAUCCGCCUUCCUGUACGCAAUAACAGCGGCAGGCGUGGCUCAUUCUGUCACGAAGGCGUGCAGUUCUGGGAUGUAUUCGAGUUGCGGCUGUGAUCGAUCGCUAACCGGACGCCCUUCUGGGGACUGGGAAUGGCGUGGUUGUCAUAGCAAUGUAAAGUUUGCCGGGGGGUUGACGAAGGAAUUUUCAAGCGCUCGCGUUUCGAAGACUGGGCAUGUUGAGCGGAAGAAAAUGAACAGACAUAAUAUUCGUGCUGGAAUAAAGGUCGGUGCUUCGUCGCCUACACGCAUAAAAAUCCCGCAUCUUGUAGGAAGUCUGCCAACAAGCCGUUCAACAAGCCGUUCGUUGUGUUCGCACUGCUUGUCCCAAGUUGUCAACAAGUAUGGAACAAGCUGUUGACAACUUGUAACAACCUUGUUGGUCAGUUUUAUUGCAAGGUUGUUCCAACAAGUCUGAUAUACAGUCAUGCCAACUUUUUACAACAACUGGGAACAAGCAGCGUGAACACAACUUGUCGACAGCUUGUGAACAGAUUUGUAAUAAUUUGUUUGCAGACCUGUAACAACUUGUGCGUAUGUAGCAAGUCUGCCAACAAGCCGUCAACAAGUUGUGUUCGCACAGCCUGUGCCAACUUGUCAACAAAUAUAGAACAAGCUGUUAACAACUUGUAACAACCUUGUUGUAACAAUCUUGUUGUAUUAUCAGAUUUGUUGCCAGGUUGUUCCAGCAAGUCCGAUACAGUCAUGAUAUAACAAUAUUGUUAGUACAACCUUGUGUUGUCAACCUUGUAACAUUCUCGUUAUAUCAUGACUGAAUCAGACUUGUUAGAACAACCUUGUAACAAGUCCGAUAAUGUCAUCAAACUUGUUACAAGUUGUUAAUAGCUUGUUCCAAACUGGUUCCAACAACUGGGAACAAACAGCGCGACCAUAACUUGUCGACAACUUGUAAACAGAUUUGUAACAACUCGUUUGCAGACCUGUUACGUGUGCACAUGGGUUUUACUAAGGCAAUCAUAAUGAGAAAAUCACCAUCAGAGUGGGAGGGUUGGGUUGGGUAAUAAACUCUAUUGUCAUUUCCAAAGCAAGAAAUCAAUCCAAGUCACUAUCUUCACAAUUUUCGAUUUGUCAGGAGGCAAAUGGUGUCUUCAAAGAAAGUAAAUGUGCAGACAACAUGAAACUUAGUCUGUAGAUAGUUGCACAUGCAGUUAUCAAAUGUCACAGAAGUUGUAAAGGACAUCUGUGACAACUGAAUGGCAUCCUUUUGUAAAGUUUUUGGCCAAGGAUGGAUAUUUAUUUUUUAAUUGAUAUUUGAAGUAGAGCACAACAUUUUUUUGACUUUUUAAUGGUUGGAUCAGCACAAUUUUUGCCAAGAAAAACAUUUCUCAAUUUUCAAUGCUGUUUUUUUUUCAGGCGUUAUCGCAGCUUCUGUAUAGAAAAUGUAAGUGUCACGGUGUUUGCGGUUCCUGCGAGUUAAAAACGUGCUGGAUGCAACAUCCUACAGAAUUUGAAAAUGUAGGGAAACGUCUUUUAACGAAAUACAAAACCGCCAUUGAAAUGGUAAAGACCAAACGAGGCCCAAGUGUCUUGCGUAUGAAGGACAAAAGCUCGGGAAAACCUAAUCCGGAUGAUCUCAUCUAUUUCCGAUCAUCCCCGAACUUUUGCGAUGUGAAUACGAGGCUAAGGACCCCCGGAACAUCAGGCCGUGUUUGUAAUGUCACCUCGUCUGGUAUUGAUGGUUGUGGUAUUUUGUGCUGUGGACGGGGGUACAAUAUUCAAGUCGUUACAGAAAUGGUCAAGUGUAACUGUCGUUUUUUCUGGUGUUGUCAUAUAAAGUGUGAUACGUGUAAAAACACGCGGGAAGUAUAUACCUGCAAAUAAGGCAGUUGUAUAACUGGUUGCCUGUGUGCGGGCUGUCUGAAGAAGAGAUGUCUCGCAUUGUAGAAUGACUGCUCGUAUGACGUGAAUCAUUAGUCCGUCAUCUAGUACAAAUGGCGAGACAACUAACAUGCCUAUAGGUUGUAUAUUAUGUAAAUGGCAUGAAAAUUUCUGUAUAGUUGGGGGUCGCCUGAGCAAUUAAUUUCGCAUUUUAUUUAUCAAAAUCCAUUACCUGGCGGUAAGCCCCGAUCAACUAGUAUGAGAGUCAAAUCUUUCAAAAAAACUCUCGUAAAUUCCGAAUAGCAGUUCAUUUUAAAACCCAAAAUGUGUGAAAGACAAGAGACAAGAUUCAACAAUAAUAUUUCGAAUUUACUGAAGAAUUCGCAGUAAAUUCGAAAUAUAACGGUCAAAUCUUUGUCUCCCCUUGUGUUUUCCUUGUGUUUCUCAAAUGUCGAGUUUCAAGGUGGAAUUUUUAUUAGGAUUUUUUAUCCAAAUUUACGGCCAAUUUGCUUUUUCGUUUUGCGGCUAUAAGAUAAAUUGACAACCUCGUUUCCAGGCUUUUCCCCGACCAUCUAUUUCUCAUUGCAUUCUUGCUUCAACGGUUUGAUAAUUGAUACCAAGUUUUUGUUAAUCUGAUAUGACAACUGAAUGAAACUAAAACAAUUUAUAAUUUGGCAUUAGAGCCAGUAAUCUUUGUGCACUGCAGCUAUUGAACAGCUUUAUUUUACUCAUGUAAUAUGUGUUCGAUUAUUGAGUUUCAGUACAGUACGCAAAUUACACCUAUAUAAGAGAAAAGAAAUUACCAAGUAUAAAACUGCGAAUAACUUCAGCCUUUUGACUACCAUAUAUGUUGCACGAUAUUGCUAGUGAAACUCACCUGUAAACUUUGAUGGGUAAUGUAUUUAUAUCAUGUAAUUAUAACCGUGCAUAGUUUUGAUUAGAUUUCAGGAUUUUAUUCAGUUAUUCUAGAGGGUACUUAAAGAGUCCAAACAAACAAACAAACAAACAAACAAGCAAGCAAGCAAGCAAGCAAGCAAGCAAGCAAGCAAGCAAGCAAGCAAGCAAGCAAGCAAACAAACAAACAAAC